AGAGAGUUAGAGAGGCCUGUCCAUGUCAUCAUUUCUUGUGCUCAGUUCCAUAUUCUAGGAUCACCAUCAUUUUCUCUGACCUCUCAACGCUCUCUUUGUGCGCUCAAUAUCCUCAUCUGUGCUCUUGACAUUUUCCCGCCCACUCACAAUUAAUUUGAUCUGUGCUCGACAUCCCCACAGCGUGUGGGAGACUCGCUCAUGCAUGCUGGACAUUCUACUCUAAAUUGACUCCAUACCAGGUUAUACUGCUGGCUCGACCAAACCAUCAAAUUCUGAUUUUUUUUUUACUGCCUCAAAAAUACCCAUUCUUCCAUUCAGCAGAUUCUCCCUGACCUUAAUAUCUGGCCCUCAUAGUGUGAAUUUUAGAUGUCCUGCCUGCCUUCCUUUUUGGGCACCAGUCUUGCAGAUCAUUGCCUAUUGCAUGAAAACUAAUCUUGCCAUCUUAGUCGUAUAUGGGCUUUGGAAUGACACGCCUGAUCAAUGUAAAGUCACGGAAACUUUUGCGAGGAAUAAUUUGCGUUGCCUUAGUGAUUGCUUUUUGGAGGGUAUUUUUUAUAAAGAAACCAGAUAAAUGGUUAAAUAAUCCAGAUAAAGAACAGCUGGAGGCCUCUAGUGCUUCAUGGGAAGGUAAGGGCGGCCUGAACUGUACGGCCGUCGUGCUUGGAGACCCAGACAGCCUGAUGACGGCCCAGUGGCUGGCCCAGAACAGGGACUAUAGAAGGAAAGUCAAGCUCACAGAUGAAUACUACAUAAAUGCCACUCAGGACUGCAGAAACUUUAGGUUAACGAGAGGUUACGCCACUCUCGCUUUCCAUGAAGAAAUGGACUUCCCCCUGGCAUACUCUAUCGUCGCCCACCAUAAGGUCGAGAACUUUGAGCGGCUCUUGCGAGCCAUCUACGCGCCCCAGAACGUGUACUGCGUCCAUGUCGACACAAAAGCCAACGCUACCGUAGCAGCCGCCAUCGCCAACAUCGCUUCCUGUUUCCCCAACGUCUUCAUGGUCAGUCAACCCGUGAAAGUGGUCUACGCCAGCUGGAUGCGGGUGCAGGCGGACCUCAACUGCAUGUCGGAUCUGCUGAACGUCAGCACGGAGUGGAAGUAUUUCAUCAACCUCUGUGGGCAGGACUUCCCCAUGAAGACCAACCUAGAGAUGGUGCGGGACCUGAAGGCUCUGGAAGGGGCAAACAGCAUACAAUUUGAACCCAUUUCCAAGAAUCAGAAAUGGAGAGUGGCAACCACUUGGGCCCCGGUGAACGGACAUUUACAGUCAACAGGGAAGGCCAGGGGACCGGCACCCUUCGGUCUUUCUGUGUUGAAGGGCAGCGCCUACAUUAUCGCCUGCCGGGGAUACAUCAACAGUGUGCUGACAGACUGUCGGAUCCAUCAGCUGAUGGAGUGGUGCAAAGACGCUUAUAGCCCAGACGAGAUCCUCUGGGCCACCACCCAACAAAUGCUCGGAGUUCCGGGUUCCAUGUCGGCCACUUCUCACGUGUAUCAAGCAGAUUCGAUUGCACGGCUGGUGCUGUGGACUGGCAGGUCCAAGUGUCACGGCAAUUUUGUGCGGGAGGUAUGUGUGUUCGCUGUCGCAGACCUGCCUUGGAUCCUGAGCCAUCAUCACCUGUUCGCGAACAAGUUUGACGUGGAAUCGGAUUCAGUCGCCGUCUUCUGUCUGGAGGAGUACCUGCGGGAGAAGAGGCUGGCGGAAAUUGAGAGUGAUGGGAAAUGAUCGCCUCCCAUGUCUAAUGAAGUGUCCUUUUGUUGUUCCGAAAGAGGUUAGCUAAUUAUUGUGCCUGUAUUGGUCCAUAUGUUAUUGCAAAAAUACUAAUGGAUG